GGAACAACGAAGCACUUCCUGAGUUGUGGGUCGGCGGAAGAUGGCGGCCGCCGAAAGGGGUUGGUGCUUGUGUGAGUUAUUGAGAUUUUUUUAUUCAUUAUUCUUCCCCGGGCUAAUUUUAUGUGGAACUUUAUGUGUGUGUUUGCUCAUUGUCCUUUGGGGAAUCAGACUGCUGCUACAGAGAAAGAAAAAGUCGGCACCAACUAGCAAAAAUGGGAAAAAGCAAACAGUGAUUGCAUUUUUCCAUCCGUACUGCAAUGCUGGUGGAGGAGGAGAGAGAGUGUUAUGGUGUGCCUUAAGGGCUUUGCAGAAAAAGUACCCUGAGGCAGUCUAUGUUGUCUAUACUGGUGACGUCAAUGUCAGCGGUCACCAGAUACUAGAAGGUGCUUUCAGAAGAUUUAACAUCAGAUUAACGCGCCCAGUGAAGUUUGUUUUCUUAAGGAAGCGCUACCUUGUGGAAGAUUCACUCUAUCCUCAUUUCACACUGCUGGGCCAAAGUCUAGGGUCCAUCUUCCUUGGCUGGGAAGCUCUGAUGCAGUGCGUUCCUGACGUUUACAUCGAUUCGAUGGGCUACGCUUUCACACUUCCUCUGUUUAAGUAUUUAGGCAGUUGCCGAGUUGGAAGCUAUGUUCAUUAUCCCACCAUCAGCACUGACAUGCUCUCUGUGGUGAGGAAUCAGAAUGUCGGAUUUAACAAUGCAGCCUUCAUUACCAGAAAUCCUUUUCUCAGCAAACUAAAGCUCAUCUACUACUAUUUAUUUGCUUUUACGUACGGGCUUGUUGGUUCUUGCAGUGAUGUCGUCAUGGUCAAUUCUUCUUGGACACUAAACCAUAUUCUCUCCCUGUGGAAGGUUGGGGAUUGCACUCACAUUGUUUAUCCCCCCUGUGAUGUGCAGACAUUUCUGGACAUUCCCUUACAUGAGAAGAAGACGGCCUCAGGACAUUUACUGGUUUCGAUUGGCCAGUUCAGGCCCGAGAAGAACCAUGCUUUGCAGAUCAGAGCCUUUGCUAAACUGCUGAAGAAGAAGGAGGCGGAGUCACUUCCUUCACUGAAACUUGUCCUCAUUGGAGGUUGUCGUAACCAAGACGAUGAACUUAGGGUAAACCAACUGAGACGGCUUUCUGAGGAUCUAGGGGUUCAAGAAAAUAUGGAAUUUAAAAUAAACAUUCCAUUUGAUGAAUUAAAGAAUUACUUGUCUGAAGCAACAAUCGGUCUGCAUACCAUGUGGAACGAGCAUUUUGGAAUUGGAAUCGUGGAGUGUAUGGCAGCCGGCACAAUUGUCCUUGCUCACAAUUCGGGGGGCCCGAAGCUUGACAUUGUCAUUCCUCACGAAGGCGAGAGGACCGGAUUUCUGGCUGAGAGUGAAGAAGGCUAUGCCGAGACCAUGGCCCAGGUUCUCUCCAUGUCCGCGGAGAAGAGACUGCAGAUCAGAAACAAUGCCCGUGCGUCCGUCAGCAGAUUCUCCGAUCAGGAGUUUGAAGUAACAUUCCUCUCGUCUGUGGAGAAAUUAUUUCAAUAAUGCCAUAUCUGUACAAGUUAAAGACAUUUUAUGUCAAAUGGUUAGAUACCGUUAUAUGUUACUAUUUUUCUAAACUCAUUCCCUAUUGUCAUAAAGUUAGUCUAAGCAAGGCCGUAGCAGUAUGUGUAUAGGCAAGGUAUUUAUGUCAGUGAAAAAGGCAAAGUUACCUAAAUGGAAAUGGGACCCUUGUAUAGUUUAAGUGUGAACAUUUAAGAUGAGUGUUUGGUCUCAAAUUCUGAAAAAUAUGAAAGAAAAAAAUGAACAAUCCUAAUUUUGGUAUGAUCUAUAUUUUUAAAAUUCUAUUUGUCAAAUCACUUUACUUUAGAAACCAGGAAAGAGAUUUUCCUUUUAGAAAAAAGGAAAUGGAGGCGGGGAAUGGAUGACUGAUAAUUGAUUAGCACUUCAGAAUUGUUUUGACAUUUUUGGAACGCAGCAAAAUUCUGGUACAUUUAAAUUCAAAACAUUUGGUACAUUUAAAUUCAAAACAAUAUCAUGGAUAAACUUUUUGAAUAUAUCUAAUGAUUUUAAAAGAACAACGAAACUUUAAGCGGGCUCAAUCAUGUUCUAAAAGCAUAUAGUCCAAAGAGAGGCUGACUGAUUGCUCAGUAGGUAUGCGUAGGCGUGUAGAGGCUGGUAAUCCUUUCCAUAACUAGGUAUUUGUGAAAAUAGUGUUCAGUUUAGUGCUGCCAGUACAUUUUUAUGGGCCUCUCAUUAUCCGUUAACAUUUUCACAUCCCAGAGGCUGGAAGUCAGCUUUUUUAGGUCAUUCAAGAGGCCUGAGUCAGAACAUCACCGUAAGUUGUUUUCUGACAGUGGUGACGCAGGAUCCAGAUCCAUCCACGUGGUCUCCAUAAUCAGCAUCGUGCAUCAUAAGAUGACGAGGUGGCAUCUUGAGAAGAGCACUGGGCUAGCAGUUAGAAUAGCUCAACCUGACCUCACCUUCAUCGUUUACAAACAUCCGACCUUGUGACACAAGAGCUGCUCCCAGAUCUUUUGAGUCUCAGCUUCUUUCUCUGUAAUCUGGAGAAGGUCGUGGGUGUCCUCACUGCCUUCCAUCGUUGUACUGAAGACAUGGAACAUGGAAAGUAUGUGAAAGUACUUUGAAAGUUAUAAAGGUGACUUAAAUGAAAGGUAACAAUAUAUAGAAAAUGUCUUCUGUGAUCCAGUCUAUCUGUCAAUUCUUGGUUACUAAGCCAGUAGCUCAGAAUCAGUGUAAUUUAACUGGACUCCUGUCCCGAAUAACUGGCAUGGAAAAGUGAAUACAUUUGUGUGCAGAUAUGGCUCUUGAGACCUACAACUUCUGGCACUUUCUGCCUACAUAAUCAGUUCCGUCUAGUUCAGUAACGUGAUCUCCUUCACAGUCUGAUACACCUUGUGUGAGGGGCUUGUGAAAGAAGUGCAUUUUCCUUUCUGAUCUCCUGUCGCCCAUUCAUCAGUCCAGCCAGCUUCAUUAUCUGCUUCCAGGUACAUCACUGGAUUUGUCUGCAGGCCGUCUUCUGUCAUCAGAUCGAAAAGCAGCAAAACAGAGCCCCAGGAUGUUCUGACACGCCAGCCUAGCGUAGCUUUGUGUUGGAAAGUAUUCAAUUUAGAAAAGAAAAAGAGUCCCUCAAACAUCACCAGGAAAGUAAAGGCAUAAAAGAUGGGACACAUCCUGCUUAGGGAAAUCCUGAUACUUGGAUUUCCCACAUUUAAUAAAACUAUACCAAAUGUAAAUACUAAGCAAACCUUAGGAAUAAUCUGACCAGCCCCUAAUCAUCUUUAUUUUCUUGGUUCAGCAAUGUAUCAAUGUGCCAUUUUUGUUUUGUUUUCAUUAUAGAGCGGAUAUUUCAGGCAGAAUUCUAUGACUUAGAAAUAUAACCAUUCUGCCCUUCGUAACGGCAGAUACAGUAAGUCAGAGAAUAUCUACUAAGCCCCAGGUACAUGUUCAACACUGGGAUUGUUAUAAUAAAAAAAAAGUUUAAGUCUAGGUUCCUGCCUCAAAGAGCUUAUAGUCUUAAUGAGGAAAUUGUAUUAAUAUUGAUUCAGUCAAGAAACAUUUCUGGCACUGGGCCUUUAAGCACUAUAUAUAAAAAGACCAUCAUAAGAAAUAAAGACCAGAUAUAGUCCCUACCUUCAAGAAUUUUAUAAUCUAUACAUUUGAAACUGUUAGAAAAGAAUUCAAUGAAACGUAAUAAAAUGAUUAUUUGGUACAUAA